AUGUGGCUGUUUUGGAGAUUUUGUAAGGAAGGUGCUACUAGCACUAGCAUUUUACUGACAGAUAAGAAACGACUUCGAGGUCCUCCAAAACCUCCAGGAGCAUCAUCACACAUAGAGCGAACAUGUGGGUUAUUGAGAUCGAAGAGGGCAAUCGACCGCCACAACCCUUACACCACUGACCAGAAACAGCUUGCAUCUAUGCAAAGCUCUAAACUAGGUGCUACCAACUGUCCAAAACUAAUAGAACACAUGCCACACAUGUGUGAUGCACCAAAAUUAAUUGUUUUCGAGGUGAAGGGUUGA